AUGGGCGGUGGAAAUGGACAAAAGUCCGCAGCCAAGCGUGACCGCAACAAUGCCAAGAAGAUGAAGGAGUCGAAGCAGAAGAACCACGCCGAGUCCAAGGCCAAGAUGGAAGCGGACAAGACUGGCAUCAAGUGCAAAAUCUGCAUGACCACGUUUCUAAUUACCGCGAACAGGACGCAGCUGAAUGACCACUUUGAGAGCAAACACUCGGCCAAGGGCUUUGCUAUUGAGCAAUGCUUUCCAGGCAAGGUCUAA